CUUUCAGCGAUCCGCGGGGUGCUCUCGGCCGAGUCUAUAGUGGACCGGCCAGUCAAGACUGACCUGGGUGAAGCAAGCACAAAGCGAGGCUGUCCCAUUGGUCCUCUCUUCGGCCGGCUUCAGCCUAUUCUCCAGACGAGCAAGCGAGGCUUGACAUUGACAGCACACCUCCCAAAGCUGCGACCUCCCAAACGCGGCGUUCGCCGACGUCAUCACAACUUCGCCAAACAUCUUUUGUUCCUGUGGCCUCGCCUCCCUUCGCACUACUCUAUCGAACCAACCUUUCGAGCAUGCAUACUAGACUCCAUAGACGCCCAUGAUACCCCCCUUAGACUGCGACCCGACCGACUCCAAGUCGCCCUAAUCCACCCCCUAUACGAUGACCGAGCCCGCUCCGGCGGCCGCCCCCGGCGCUGCAACGACGACCACUCCGGCCCCGAAACAAACAAGCCCUGCGAUCCCCGUCGGCUUGAACGAAGCAUCCCUCGACUCGCCGACCUUUCGGUCCACCGCUCAGCAUUUCGGGGAACACAUUGACAACGUCGAGAAAUGGCUCGACGACUAUGUCCGCUCCACCUCCCGCGUCACUCGUGACAUCCUGGCUCUCGAGGAGAGCGUCAACACCUAUCUGUCCAAGAUCUUCCCGCCCGCGGCGACAGCCGAUGCCAUUAUCGACCACGAUUACACACUGCUCGCUCUGCGCCGCAUCAGCGAUGGAUCCAAGGAGUGGUGGACGCAGAUUAUGUCGACCGUACGGAAGAUGGAUACCAUUUCCGUCGAACCCAUUCGGUCUUUCGUCGCUGCCGACCUGCGCUCGUUCAAGGAGGUGAGGAGAGUCCUGGAGCACACUCAGAGGAACUUUGACCAGGCCAUGGCUCGUUAUAUGAGCCAGUCCAAGACGAAAGAGCCGUCUGCCAUCCGCGAAGAAGCGUUCGCCGUGUACGAGACGCGCAAGGCGUACCUCAAGGUCUCGAUGGAUUUUUGCCAGCUCGCACCACAGAUCCGCUUCAGCUUGGACAAGCUCCUUGUUCGUGUCAGCUCCGACUUCUGGAAAGAGAUGAAGCGGUCGCGCGACGCCGCUGCCGUGUCGACCAAGUGGGGCUCGGAGAUGGACCGCAUUCGCGGCUGGUCAAGGGAGAUGGAAACGACAGAGUUCGUCUUCAAGAGGGAGCUGCAAAUCGCUCGCCGCGACAUAGGGGAAAGUACCCUCCAGGCUUUCAAGCCAUCCCGAGAGUUGGAGGACUACAGCGCGUCGACCGUUCAGUUCCUCGGUUCCAGGGGCCCCGUCAGCGUCCAGCCGCAAGAGAGCUCUGCCGUCGUCUCGGAGAAACAGGGCUGGCUCUUCCUCAAGACGCUCUAUGGAAAACCGGCCAGGUCGAACUGGGUUCCUCGCUGGUAUUAUUGUCGUGAUGGCAUCUUUGGCUGGCUGAUCAACGCUCCCCAAGGUGUCCUGCAAGGCGACGAGAUUGGCGUCCUUCUGUGCAAUGCCAAACCAGCCGUCGCGGAAGAUCGCCGGUUCUGCUUCGAGGUCAAGACGAAGAGCCAGACCCUUGUUCUUCAGGCAGAGACCCAAAACCAGCUCACCGAGUGGCUUGAAGUCUUCGAAGUUGCCAAGAAGCGAGCGUUUGAGGCCAGCAUGGAUCGGGACAGCAGCUCUUCACCUGCUGGAGCCGACCCUGCCUUCUCCAUCACGCCGCCCCCGCUUCCGGAGUUUUCGGCAAGAUCUCUGGACACGAUAGUUGCGGGCGAGGAACCUGCACCACCAACCUUUGAUAGGGCUGGAACACUUCCGGUUCCUGGGACAGAGAGCAACAUGGCCGGCCGCGCUAGUUUCGACGUCAACGCCAGCGCCUCUCGUCGUUCCAUCACCGCUUUGGGCCGGGAUCUGGGCCGGGAAAUGGUUCGUGAAGAAGGGGAAAGCAAUCGCGACCAUGCGGCGAGGAUUAUCCAGAAGCUAGAUCUCCACCGCAAAGCGACCUUUGGAGCCGGUGCCGAAGCCGCGGUGGCGGCCGCUGCUGCACCAGGUAGUGGCGGCAUUGCGGGCUUGUUAGCAAACCACGGUCACCUUCCCGGAUACCCUUCUCCUCCACAAGGCGGGUCAAAGAAUUCAUCGAGCUCAAGAUUGCCUGCCCUGGACCCAGUCCAUGGGACCUUGGCCCCUUUGACGCUGGCAAGGCCCCCUGCGGCUACCAACCUGAGCCGGACGGCUGUCAUGUUCUCCGUGGACAGGGGCAUAGGAGGGGACAAUACUAGCCACAUGCCCACCGCCGUCCUCGCCAACUACUGGGGAAGCAGUGCAUGGAGCACCGUCUAUGGGUCAAGCCCGGGCCGUCCUCGCACUCCCGGUCUGCUCGAAGAGAACCCUUUCGGAAUAGUCGUCCGGGAGGUGGGCAAACCCGGAGAGGAGAAGCCCGCGACCCCCACAGCCGGGCAUAGGAAGACGGUCAGUGUCGAUGCGAAAUUCAAUCAGCCUCACAUGCCGUUCAAACAGCCGGCCGAGACUUUCCCCCCGGGUUACCCGCCAGAGUUAAGGAUCCAACAUCACCAGUUCCGCAUCCUCUUCCCUACCGUUCCCCUCGAUGAAAAGCUUGUCCUCGUCUUCCGGGCUGCUUGGUCAAGCUCGACGGGCAAAGACUCGCCAUCACACGGACAGGGGCUUGCGGGUAACGGUCGGAUUUACAUCACCCCCGACAAUAUGUACUUUUACGGGCAGCAGCUGGGUCUCGUCGUCGCCUAUGCCAUCAGCCUCGACAUCAUCGCCGAGGUCACGGCAGCGCCUGGAAAGGAAUGCGAUUUCAUCUUCCUCCACCUCGGCGAGGAUGGCAACGAGACAGGAUUCACCAGAAUCACCAUCAAGAUAUUCCUGGACAAUCUCCCACUCCUGCAUGCCAGAUUGAACCUGCUCAUUGACGACCUCCAGUCGGAGGAGCCCUUGGAGCUGUCAGAGCUCAUCCGGGCCCUGAUCAACCUCGAAUACGAAGAUUACAGCAAGCGCAGCCCGAGCGUCGAGAGCUGGGAAGAGGUUUCUUCCAAUACGCCGUUUGACGAUGGUACGCACUCUGGACGUCCCGCCAGGCGCCAGAGCCAGUUUGGACCACGGCUUCGCGUGUCGGGCCCAGGCUCUCGGCAUACUCUCAAGGUGCAGGUACCCGCGCAUCCCGUCAUUUUCGAACCCGAAGACAUGCAGAGAAUGGUGGCGGAACGACAUUUCGAGAUCAGCGCCAAGGCGUGCUUCCACGUGCUCUUUGGAGACAAGAGCUUCGUCUUUCCCAAGCUCUACUUUGAGCGGAGAGCGCAGCAGAUCGCCCAGGGCCCGUGGGCACUCGCAGACCACGGUCGGAUGAAGCGGGAAUUCCACUUCAAGUUCGACUACAAAGACAUGAUCGGUCGACCCAAGACGGUGGACGUCGUCGACAGCCAGACAAUGGACAUUUUCCAGGAGCAUGUCACGUACGUCGUCACGCACACCAAGACGGCAUGGCAUCUCCCGCAUUCGCAAGACUUCAAACUCGUGACCAAGGUUGUCAUCACACACGUGGCCAAGUCUAAGUGCAAGCUGGCGAUUUACACAAAGGUCGAAUGGUCCAAGGUGCCGACCUUCUCCAAAAACCUGGUCGAGCGCCAGGCGCUGAACGAUGCCGAGGGCGACGCUGAAGAGCUCGCAGACGUCGCAACUGACCAGGUGCGCAAACUGGGCCCGCACAGUCGAACGAAACGGGCAAUCCAGGUCUACGGAAACAUUGGGCAGCAGACUCAGGUCGUUGUGUUCUCACCAGCCGACGCCGCCGCGUCCAAGAAGCAGCUUAUCAAGCCGCGAACGCUGACUGCCAUGUUGCUGGAGACGCUCCGCUCGUUCGGCGAGAGCGCGGUAACGUCGCUCAUCAUGUGGGCCAUUGCGGCAGUGAAGACGCUCUUCAGCGUGGUCACGGCCCAUAGGCUCAUCCUUCUCGUACUUGCCGUCAGCGCGUUUACGAACAUCGCGCUGACUUCUAAGGAGAGCUCGACGUGGUGGACGGAGAGGCGGGCAGCCAAGUUCAUGGGCCGUGUCGGGGUUGGGCCGAACGUGGUGAUGAGCAAGGCCAUCUACAUGGCAGACCUGGGCGAGGCGACGGGGGCGGUGGGGCAUAACAGCAGUUGGCCCGCGGACAGCGCAUGCUUCAGCACUUUCCAGCUUGUCGCGAAUGCCACGGAUCUUGACGCGCCGUACGAGGACGCAGGGUCAACAUUGUCGUCGGCCACGAGCCGAGCAACGGCCCGGCGGCUGCGGCGGACACGGCAGCGACUCGGGUCGUACCGACACGACCUGCUCGUCGCGAUGCGAAUCGUCAAUAGUAUCGAGCGAGAGAUGGUGCAGUCAGAGUGGGAGAACUGGCUCGCGGACGAGAACGUGCGCUGCGACAAGCUCAAGACGGUUUUGGAGGAGAAGGGGGCGGACCCCAAGGACAAGACCAAGACGAAGCGGAGCGGCAGCCAGAAGGUUAUGACGGCCACCAUGGACGAAGACAAGAAGGAGACGCUGCGCGAAUGGUACGAUACGUACUGCGGGAGCUGUAAGAUGGAUCACCAGGCGUUGAUGAGUGAGCGGAGCUCGUUGGCGGGCCUAUAGAGGAGUUGGGGGUUCGCAUGGGCAUUGGGCAAUAGGGGAGGUUUUCGUCAACACCCACAGUCUACUGUUUUGUCUCCAUUUAGGGAGGGAUGAUCAUUGAUUUUUCGACAUUUUACAACAAACGUCCGAGUUUCCUCUUUUGCUAGCAUUGAUUUGGAGGCAUCGUGUGUAGACUGGGACCGUCGAACCAGAUAGUGGUUAGAUUACCAGCAACCGCGGGGCAUACAUCGCUCGGAUGGUUGGAUCGGGGCAACAUAGAGGCAACUAGCUAACAUGGAUAGGCGAGAGACUAGAUAGAGGUCGCGUCCCGGCUAUUACGGCCGGGCUCGCAUAGGGAUAGGCUGGACAGCAACUAGUUUAGACUGUAUGGUGUAGAUCAUGACGACGUGAUAGGAAUUGACU